GAUUAAAUUUGGUAGGUGGAAGUUUCCAUCAUGUUUGUACAUGUGUGUGUAUAAGUGCUUGUGCCUCCUAACAGAGGGGAGGGAUAUCAUACAAAAUGAAACAGAAAGUGAGGUGAUGCAUUAAAAAAUGCAAGUUAUGAAUUUAAUUUACUGAUUGGUUUAAUUUCAGGUGACCGAAUGGGCUGUGGUAUUUCAUUUCCUCGGGAUUACACUGUGGACCUAUACAGUCAGGGCUCUGUAUCAAACUCUCCUGAAGAUGUCACAGAUUUGGCUGAUUUCAGUGAUAGUAGUUCUGAAGACAACGAGAUAUGGGAAAAACAACAUUCAGAAACUUGUGUUCGGGUCUUCUUCACCAGAAACGGUCGUACAAUUGGCAGUCGGGAAAUGAAAAUUUCAAAGGAUGGUCUCUAUCCAACUAUUGGCAUGUUGAGCAGUGAUGAAAAAGUAAAAGUGGACUUACGGCCAUUAACUGGCUAAUUAAAAGAAGAAAAGUGUGUGUGAGCGAGCGAGUGAGUGUGUGUGAGUGUACAUGCGUAUGCAUGUGUGUGUAUGCUUGUGUCUCUCUCUCAUGUAUAUGUGUGUGUGUGUAUGUACACAGACACACAAAUAUACAUGACAACAGUGGAAGGAGUAAGAUUUUUUCACAGAUGUUUCGACUGAGAUUUGCAUUGGUGCUUAUGAAUAGUUUUCAUGAGUGGACAGCACAAAACUCAAAAUAAACAACUAUGAAAAUUCCAGAGUUCUCACUGUCAUUAUAACUAUAAUUAACUGUACAGUAUGUAUUGCAUUCUUUUCUCUUUGAUUUCUUUUAACAAAUGCAUAUCUGUAUGUGUGUGUGUGUGUGUGUGUGAACAAUAUUUAUAUAUUGAAUUAGUGCUUAAGCACUAAAAUAUAUCUACUGAAUUUAAGAGCUUACUUAUUAAUAUGUUGCCAAACUCCAAUAUAAUAUUAUUAUAAUAUAAUAUAAUAUUAUUACAAUGUAAUAAUCAUAAAUGGAAUGAGUUUGCAAAUAUAUUGAGUAAAAGGAAUGUUCAGAGCAACAUAUUUAGAAUAAUAAAAAGUAAAGAUUUUA